AUGGCAAAGGAAACCUGUGUGAACAAUUCUCUCGGCCAGUACGCAGAAUUCGGUUGCACGAGCACUCAAGACACGACCUGUCUCCAGAGUGAGGUUACGCUGGUGUUGGCGUGGUUGAGUGAUACGUGUAAUGGUACGGAUGUCGGUACCACAAUUGACGCCAUUUGGGAUGUCCCGACUAGCACUACCACAAUUGCCGCCAGUACGAGUGGAAGAGCGACAGGUACGACGGAGGAGUCGACCGGCCGUGUUGCAAAAGGCACUGGCGGUGCUGUGGAGACGGUAUAUGUCACGCAGUCUCCACCUCCUAGCCCGAACACGAGUUCUUCGCUUUCUACGGCGACAAAGGCAGGGAUAGGCGUUGGGGCUGCAGUCGGUGCAUUGCUUGUCCUUGGCGGUAUCGUCUUUGUCGUGAGACGGCAAACGCACCCUAAGGAAAGUGAUGUAGUGGAAGGAGAUGCGGCGCCGACAAUACAAACGAAGGCAGAACUUGAGGGUGUGGAGAAGACUGAGCUGAUGACUGCGGCAAAUGCGCAUGAGAUGGGGGACGGAGAGAGGGAGAAGAUUUAUGAGUUACCUGCACGUCGUAAUUUGGAGGAUGAUAAUGUUUGA